UCGUUCAUACUCCAACCACAGAAGAAGACAAAGUCUUACACAAACAGAGGCGUUAGCAUUAGCAUUACGCUAUCUAGUUUGAAACGAGCUACUUCAUUAAUAUAUAAGUAUAUUUUUAUAUAAAUGUGUAUAAAAUGUACAGCGUAAAUGUAAUGUAACUCCGUUCAGUUUUCUGUGUGUUUUGUGGAGAUUAUUUACACACAGCUGCUUUGGGUGUGUGAGUGUGUGUGUGUGUGUGUGAGUGAGUGUGUGUAGUGAUCAGGAUGGAGAGUGUGAAGUCGAGCUCGUCCUCUGCUGUGAGUGAAGCGGAGGGAGAAUCUCAGAGUGAGCCGUUAACUCCGUUCCUGUUGGCUAAGAUCGAGAGGAACAGACAGAGAGCGCUGAUGCUGAGGCAGGCCAGACUCGCUAACCGACCAUCUGCCGGGGAAGGUGCCACGUCAGCCAAAAUAGCGAAGACCAUCGACUCCGGUGCUGGAUUCUUCAUUGAGGAUGAGGAGGAGGAGGACGAGCAGCGAGUGACCAGAGUGGUGCAUAAACCUGCCCCAGUGAUGGAGCCGGAUUACCUGAUGUGUGAGGAGUGUGCAAAGCCGUUCAUGGACUCGUACCUCAGCAACAGUUUUGAUCUCUCAGUGUGUGACAGGUGCAGAGACAGCGAGGUGAAACACAGGCUGAUUUCUCGUACGGAGGCAAAGCAGCUCUUCCUGUUGAAAGACUGCGAUCUGGACCGGCGCGAGCCGCCGCUGCGCUUCAUCCUGAAGAAAAACCCCCACAAUCCUCGCUGGGGAGACAUGAAGCUCUACCUGAAAUCACAGGUGGUGUGUCGGUCUCUGGAGGUUUGGGGCAGUGAGGAAGCUCUAGAGGAGGCGCGAGAGACUCGAGAGGAGAACAGAGAGGUACAGAAACAGAAGCGCUUCAACAAGAAAGUCAAAGAGUUGAGGCGUGCAGUGAGGAGCAGUAUGUUUAAGAAAGACACCGGUGCCCACCAGCAUGAUUACGGUGAGGAGGAGCUGCUGGACGAGGACGAGGAUCAGUACAGGAAAGUGUGUAAGACCUGCGGACACCAGCUCACCUACGAGAAGAUGUAGAGCCGGCUGUGUCCCAAAUCCAUCCUGCGCUCACUCCCUCACACACACACUCACACACACAUACACACACAUACACACACACUCACUCGGUGGUGUGAGGACGGAGCUCUGGUGGAAAUGUUCAUGGACGUCAGAACAAUGGGAUCCCCAACACUCACUGGUGCUGCUGUCACAUUUCGCCAAAAUGGGAACAGUCUUCAUAUGAAAUGCUCCCUAAACAUGCUGCCUACCUAGGGAACUACUUUCAGAUUGGAACACACCUCUAGCGAACGUCUGUUACAUUCCAACUGAAUGAAAUGUAAAAUAAUUUUGUAAUAAAGAAGCAACGACUCAGGGGUUCUGGGUUUUGAACUUCAUCUUGUUGAAUUACGUGAGUGUUUGUGUGUGUGAGUGUGUGUGUGAGUGUGUGUGAGUGUGUGUGUCAGUGUGUGUGUGAGUAUGUGUGAGUGUGUGUGUGUGUGAGAGAGAGAGAGAAUUUCAGUUGUUCCGUAUCCCUUGACCACAGAUUCCUCACAGGACAAGUGCUGGAUCUGCUGUAAGAUAUUGACUCUGAUCGAUUUGGUGCUAUUUGGUGCUAAAGUCCCAUUUUAUUUCUGUAUAAAACUGAUUUGGGGGUGGAGCUACAUCAGCUCAGUUUGUGAUGUCAUAAAAUAAAACUUCCUGGAUUUGAACCAA